GGGCGGUGCGUUCAUUAUCAGCCGGAACGUAAACAGUCGCUGCUUUUCACGCUUUCCGAUAAAAAUGUUUAAAUCACACUGUGUUAAUUAGAGCCCAAAUCAAAAUCAAUGCGCCUGUGGACGCGAACGACUCGAGAUCGUGUGCGCGUGAACGCGGAUUAAGUAGCGAUUUUUACAAAAUUUAAAAAAACAAAAACAAGAGAGUGCUGAGUAGCACAGUGCGUGAGAAGGCGUGAUUUGUGAUUUUUGGCCCGUGAACGAAUCACGAGCAAAGCGGAUAAACAAAAGCCAUAAAAAACAGAUUCGCACGAGAAUCAUCGCUGUCGGUGCGAAUAAAUUUAAGUCUGGAAUUGACUUUGGAAAAGUCUCGUUUUUCUGGAGCAUUGGCAAGCAUCAGCAUCUGCCAUGGACGACGAGUUCAAGCUAUGUUGGAAGAACUUCCAAGACAACAUUGCCAGCGGCUUCCAGAAUCUUUACGACCGCGGCGACCUGGUGGACGUCACUCUAGCUUGCGAUGGGAAACUUCUCCAUGCCCACAAGAUUGUACUGGCUAUUUGCAGCCCAUACUUCCAGGAGAUCUUCACCACAAAUCCCUGCAAGCAUCCUAUUAUAAUACUCAAAGAUGUGAGCUUUAACAUUAUGAUGGAGCUGUUGGAGUUCAUGUACCAAGGCGUGGUGAAUGUUAAGCACACUGAGCUACAAUCGUUCAUGAAGAUUGGCCAGCUGCUGCAGAUCAAGGGUCUGGCCACCAAUUCCAACUCCUCGCCGGGAUCGAGUGCCUCAGAGAAGUCCUCUAGUCAAACACCAGCGGAAGAAUCAAACAACACCAACAGCACCAACCAUCACAACUCCAGCUCUAAUAGCAAUAAUAAUAGCAAAACAGAAGUGGAUCACAAUGAUUCCAAGGGCCCUAGCAAUUCGAGAACAACAUCGCCAGGUGGUGCCAGCAGAGCCUCCAACGAAGCCAAUCACGUGUAUACAUCCACCAAACGUCCAAUGCCGUCGGAUUUUGGAAGCGAUUCCUUGUCCAUUUACUCUGGCAAGCAGUUAAGGCGGUCCCUCAAGGAUCAUGGGUCCGGCGGAAGCGAAGGUGGCGGAGGCGAGAAUACGGAUAGUGCAGCUGGAUUGGAAAAUAGCCUGAAUUCGGAAGAGUUCUUCUUGCCACCCAUCCCACAUAUAUCAAUGGGAGAGCCGCGUUACGAUCUUGGAGGUCUGAAACGUGAAUCGGAUGGUCACCAUCAUGGUUCAACGACGGUCGGUAGUGGCGUAAACUCCGGCAGCGUAGGCAGCCACACCUCCUCGGCAUCCCCAUCUGCACCUAUCCGAAAUCCCUUUGCCACAUCCUUCAAUCUGGACUAUAACUUAUACAAAGGCGCCAACAGCAGUGGUCCCAGCGGCAGUUCCAAUAGUUCAGUUGGGCCCGGAGGCAUCAACAACAAUGGUUCUAUGGGUCUUGCCUCUGGCACCGAGUAUCCCAAUGAACUGUAUAUGCCCAACGAUUACUCCAAAAACUUUGCAAACCAUAUGGACAUUCCACAAAGCGGCAGCAACAUGGUAAUGCUGUCCACCACCUCGCUGCUCCACGGCAACUGUGUGUUUAACCGGAACAACACGGUGGCCACGCAGCAGGGCAUGAAGACCUACUGGCUAUGCAAGUCCUACCGUAUCAGCAUGUGCCGGGCGAGGUGCAUCACUCACCUGGGCAGGAUCAUCUCCGCAACGGGCGUCCACAAUCAUACGCCUCACAUGCGCGGCGGGCAGGGAUCUUCGGCAUCUUCAACGUCCUCGGUGUCUGGGACAUCAUCUGCGCCAAUUUCCAGCCAGGCGGGUUACUCUCUGUCAGAUGGCGGUGUCCACCUUGGCGUGGACUUGCAGCAUGGCAACCGAGUGAGCAAUAUGUUUGCCAAUCAAACGCCACCACCUCCGCCGCCGCCACCGCCACUUCCAGUAACAUCAACGCCGCACCACCCGCAUCAUCAUCACCAUCUAGGACAACAUCUGCCAAAUCUUCUGGUGCAGCAUCAUCCGGCGCCACCGCAAAUGGAGCAGCAUGGCAGCUCAGCGAACCUCAUGCACAAUCCGAAUCUGAUGCACCUGCAAACGCAGACGCACCACCAACAGCAUCACCAGCAGCACUCGCCGCAUAAUCCUCCACCACCCCAACAGCACAAUUUAGAAAUUGGUGGAGGCUCGGCCUCGGGAUCAGUGCUUCUUUCGCCGGCGCACCUGCAACAGAGCCCGCAAUCCAACCGUAGCAGUCACUCCCUCCAUGCCCAGAGUCCACCACCACAACCUGUGGAGGAACAGCAACCACUCCAGCAGCAACAAGAAGGAGCCGCACCUGAGGGAACCACGGAUCCCAGCACUGCUCACGUGAUCAACUCCAUUACCAUAUCCCCGAGUAGUAGGCACACCUUCAAGAUGGAGAACAUGUAAGGCUGUUGCCGGGGAAUCCCCCAGCCACACUGCCCAAAGAGCGGAUGAUUAAUUUAUUUUUGUCUAGUUAGAGUUUGUAGUAGAAAAUUUGAAUGAAUAUGAUUUGAAAGAGAGAAAGAGAGUAACUAAUGUAAAUACCAGUACCGAUGUGCAUAAUGUAUUUGAUAAACUAAUGCGAAACGAUAAACCAAAACAUACUAAUGGGCGCUGUGAAAUGAAUCCCAGAUUAAGCUAACCAGAGUAAUUUUGGAUGUGUUUCGUGGCCCUGUGCGUAUAUCAAUGGGUAUUCCAAUGGCCAGCCACUAACCAACUAGAAAUAGGACUACAUUUUUAAGCACAUUAAGCAUUUUGGAUUUGAUAUUAUAAAGCAUUUAAUAUCAGGUCCAAAGGGAUCCGUAAUUUCUUUAACAACCUCCUGGCAGGUAAGUGAAAUGCAUGACUCACAUAAACAUACAUAAUUGGGCUCAUUCGUGUACGUCCUGGCAUCCAAAACCAAAACAUAACCAACCAAGGGAGCGGAGAGUUCAACUCCAAGCAUACCCAUCAGCAGGCCUCAG